AUGCCCUCAAAAAACAAAGUUUGGUACAGACAACGUAUUGUCUUUGGUGACGAGUCUCGAUUUUGUUUAGGCAUGCACGAUGGUCGUGCCAGGGUUAGAAGGAGACGUGGUGUAAGGAGGAAUCCACAGUUUUUUGUUGAAAGACAUGUUCAUCACACUGUUGGAGUUAUGGUUUGGGGUGCUACAGCUUAUGGUUCCAGGUCACCUUUAAUCUUCAUCAGAGGUAACAUGAACGCGCAGCGUUAUAUCCACGAAGUUCUAGAACCCCAUCUUUUACCCUAUCUUGACACCCUGGCAGAUCCAACUUUCCAACAAGAUAAUGCCCGACCACAUGUUGCAAGAGUCACAAUAGACUUCUUUCAACAUAAUGAUGUCACAUUGUUACCAUGGCCACCAAGAUCUCCCGACUUAUCCCCAAUUGAGCGCGUGUGGGAAAUGAUGGGUAGGAGGUUGCUCAAUUUGCAACGUCCUCCUCAGACUCUAGAAGCACUUCGAGAGGAGUUGGUGGUUGCCUGGAAUGAGAUACCACAGGACGACAUUGACCACCUGAUCAGAAGCAUGCCUAGGCGCAUAUCCGUCGUAACCAAUGAGUUCUCCUCUUCAUCCCACAAUGACAAUGCGGGUGUUCCCAGGGAAUCAUCCGUAGCGGAAGCUGCUGGAAAAAAAUUGUUUAGGGCUAAGAAACCUAGCCUCUAUUGCUCACACGCUUGGGGUGCUGCCGCCCCGACUAUUUUAUCUCUGCUCGAUGCAGUCCAGAGAAGGGCUGUCCGACUGAUCGAUGACUCUUCUCUAACAGACACUGGUCAUAUUGCAACAACUCCUCUUAAUGAGCAAAGAACUGUUACUGUGGAUUGGUAUACCACCAUUUGUUUGCCAAAAGUCAUCACCGAGCUUCGAAAAUUCAACCUUGAAAGAAGAAUCAUCCUCCACCAAGACAACGCAAGCUCGCACACAGCCCAAAAAACAAGGCAGUAUUUAACGGAGGAGAACGACCAUCCUCCAUAUAGUUCCGAUCUAAGUCCUAACGAUUUCUUUACCUUCCCGAAAAUUAGAAACAGACUGUGGGGUCAAAGGUUCCAGUCACCAGAAGAAGCAGUUGACGCAUUCAAAAAUGCCGUUUUGGAUCUGCCAGCAAACGACUGGAAUAAGUGCUUCGAAAACUGGUCCGAGCGCAUGCAGAUGUGUACUAAUCUUCGUGGAGAAUACUUCGAAAAACAAUAGUCAUUUAAAAC